AUGUUGAAAUUGUGGCUCGGGCUCGCUCUAACGGCUGAUUCAUCGGCGUUAUUUAGGGGAAGCAAUAGUUUUGGGAUGAGUCUAAAAAGGCCAUCGGAGCUCUAUAAACACCUAAGAGUUUCCAAGAGAUAUAUCCUGGGGAAAUCCCAUGAUGACAUAGUGACAUCGCUCCCAAAAGAUGAAGAUGCCCCCGAGCUAGAGUCACGACUUCAAUUCCAUAAGCAAUUUAUGAUAGGAGCGCAAAGUAACAGAGCGGGGUUAGGAUCAAAUAGGAAAGUCCAAGAUGCGGAUAUAUUGAAGUCUUUUAUUCGGCAAGACGAGAAUGAUAAAUAUAAGAUCCAUGCAAUGAAUUUAGAAAUGCAGAACGAGUGGUUAGACAUAGGAGAUUUUUGCAUCCCAUUAGCAUUAAAAUGGCGCACUUUAAUUUAUGAUUGGUCGCCAGCAUUGCUAAAAUUCUAUCUCAAUGCGUUCCAGAUGACUCUCCCAGAUCAGAGUAAUUUAGUACUCCUUGACAGCGGUCAGUACUCGCGUCGUCACGAUAGGGUUCUAGAAGUCAUACGUGAAGCGGUUAGUCUUUCGGUAGCCAGAGCGCAAAAGGGAAUAACCACAAACGAACGAUCAGUAGGUUUUGUGAGAGAAGGCACUAGGGCUACAAAAUCAAACGUCAAGCCUUACUCCAUCCUUAAAGCGGCGUCGGAUUGGACUAUAAUGAUGGACACGUAUGAAAAACAAUAUAAAAUCCCCGAGGAUAUUUGUGCGUCGGCCUCCAGACCGGAUAUAUUUUUGUUUUCGCGAAUUUUAAAGCGCGUAGUGAUGAUAGAGCUUACGGUCCCUUGGGAACAACAACAUCCCCAAAGACCAUACCAUCAAGGUCAACAAAUAUUACGAGCUCACAAACGAACUCACUCGAAAUAG